UUCACAUCAUUUACACCUACGUUUCUACUACCCGCUCGUUAUUAAAAACGUUGUAUAGGUAUACAUAUAAAAAAUCGUAAACAAUUGGAUCUCGUAAUAACGGAAAAUAAAUCGCGCGUAUACGUAAAUAAAUAUAUAAGGUGCCGAAAAAAUGUUGAUGCGAGUUGCAUUUAGUUUGGAUUCUGUAUUAGUUUUAAGUUUAUGUGUAUUUAUCGUUUUGGAAAGUGCAAGGGCUGUUCCCACAGAGGUGAAAUCCAGGAGUAAGCGUUAUCUAAAAGGUUACUGCAACUGUCAAUGCGGUGUGGUGAAUAGACAACAGCGGGUAGUAGGGGGCAAUAUCACAAAAGUAAACGAAUUUCCCUGGAUUGCGGGGAUCAGCCACGGUGGUACUUAUCACUGCGGAGCGGCCUUAAUCACACGGCGUCAUUUAUUGACAGCCGCUCAUUGCAUUAACGGAUUUGACUUUAACGAACUGACAGUAACUUUGGGAGAUCACGAUAGACUAGAUCUCGAUCGGCACUACUCUAUAGAGGUUAGAGGUCUAAGAAGCGUGAGGAAACACGAGCACUUUGACAAAGCAAGUUUUAACAACGACAUUGCCAUUUUAGAAAUGGAUUCUCCUGUCGAUUUUAAUCACAGAAUUCAACCAGUUUGUCUACCAAACGACGAAUUUUUAGAUUACGCCGGAAGGAUUGGUAUUAUCGCUGGUUGGGGCAAAACUAAGGAAAAGGGGGAGAUUUCUACAGUUUUGAGGAAAGUUGCUGUUCCCGUGUGGUCUAGGAGGGAUUGCUACAAUUCCGGUUACGGCGAGAGGAAAAUUUCCGAAAAUAUGUUUUGCGCUGGGUACCCCGAAGGUGGGAUUGAUGCCUGUCAGGGUGAUAGUGGUGGACCCUUGCAACUAAGUAACUCAUUUGGAGACAUGGAAAUUAUAGGGGUGGUUUCAUGGGGACGAGGGUGUGCUCGAAAGAAUUUACCUGGAGUUUACACCAAAGUGGUGAACUACCUACAUUGGGUAGAAGAAAGUAUCGAAGACGAGUGUUUAUGUCGCAACGCGGCUAGAAGAUUUUAAUGGUCCCGGUUCCAUGUUAUUUAAUUCAAUUAUUCGUGAAUACUAAUAAUUCUUCGAACAAUUUAUUCGGUAUUGUCCAAUCAUUUUAUAUGCAUAGUAUUUAUUUUUUGCCAUAUGUUCAAGGAAAGGUCAAUCAGUCCAAAUUUUUCAUUUGAAUUUGCAUACCUUACGUAUCGAUCACACCAUUAUGUUUGCAAUGUCGCUUUUUUAUAGUUCUCUUUUGCAUUCUGGCCAUGUUUUAACACUUUGUUUUUUUAAGGCUUAUUUCACUAUAUUGUUUUAAUUUUUGGCAAUACAUUAAAUUGGGCUCACCAAACUGCGUACUUUUUAGUGUUAUUGCUAGAAUAUCAAAGUAGGGUUUUGUUUUGCUUUAUUUUUUUGAAGCUUUAUAUAUACGCCCUUAUUUAAUGUUUAAACGUUCGUUUAAGUUGCUUGUUAUUAUAAACCCAAAAAUUCUAUUUGUGCCAAACAUUUUAGCUGUAGAUUAUUAGAAAUAUUAUACAUCUAUGCCAAAGA